AUGGAGCAUGUAUUAGACCUGAAGCUUCCUUGGCGAACUCUCCAACCUCAGCUUGUUACCAUGUGUAAAGAGACGCAUAUGGUGGAGUACGCGACAACGUUUCAAAAAAUCAACGUGCGUAAUGCACUGACGUCGGCUCCCGCAUCUGUGACCGAGGAACUGUACAAACAACGCGAUAAUUUGGAGAGCAUCUUCCGUGCAAUGGACAAGGAUAACUCAGGUCUCGUUUCAUUGGAUGAAUUCAAGGCGACGUGUCUUCGUCUACCAGCGCCUACUCACCUCGACGAAGUUAGCAUAACGGAUUUGGCGCGCUCUAUCGACUUUAACAAAGAUGGACAGAUCGACUUCAACGAAUUUUUGGAAGCGUUUCGCUUAGUCGAGACCGAACUAGGAAACGUUUAA